CUGCAUUGGAUUGGUUAAUUCUGCUAAGCCUCGUAUUGUCGUAUGUCACGUGACCGCCCCUUUGCUAAACUCCCGGAUGUAGAGAGUUAGUACGAGCCGCAGGAGCCGGUCAGCGGUCAGUCUCGGUAUCGGAAGAUGUUUGUUCCCAGAGCCGUGAAGAGGCGGCAGGAGACCGAGCGACCCGGGAUGAAAAAGAAAAUAGCGACAGAUUUACCCAGAAUUCAUCACGGCACAGAUUCUAACUCUCCUAUUAUUGUCUCUUCACCGGACAUCUCCUCCUAUAGCAAUGCAGCAUCCUCAUCAUCAUCAUCUAAUGCCUCACCCACCGACCCUGUGUCUGUCUCUUUAAAUCCUCCUGUGUCUUCUGUCUCACACACUGACCAUGUGUCUGUCUCUUUAAAUCCUCCUGUGUCUUCUGCUUCACACACUGACCCUGUGUCUGUCUCUUUAAACCUUCCUGUGUCUUCUGCCUCACACACUGACCCUGUGUCUGUCUCUUUAAACCUUCCUGUGUCUUCUGUCUCACACACUGACCAUGUGUCUGUCUCUUUAAAUCCUCCUGUCUCUUCUGCCUCAGACACUGACCCUGUGUCUGUCUCUUUAAAUCCUCCUGUGUCUUCUGUCUCACACACUGACCAUGUGUCUGUCUCUUUAAAUCCUCCUGUGUCUUCUGCCUCACACACUGACCAUGUGUCUGUCUCUUUAAAUCCUCCUGUGUCUUCUGCCUCACACACUGACCCUGUGUCUGUCUCUUUAAACCUUCCUGUGUCUUCUGCCUCACACACUGACCCUGUGUCUGUCUCUUUAAACCUUCCUGUGUCUUCUGCCUCACACACUGACCCUGUGUCUGUCUCUUUAAACCUUCCUGUGUCUUCUGUCUCACACACUGACCAUGUGUCUGUCUCUUUAAAUCCUCCUGUCUCUUCUGCCUCAGACACUGACCCUGUGUCUGUCUCUUUAAAUCCUCCUGUGUCUUCUGUCUCACACACUGACCAUGUGUCUGUCUCUUUAAAUCCUCCUGUGUCUUCUGUCUCACACACUGACCAUGUGUCUGUCUCUUUAAAUCCUCCUGUGUCUUCUGCCUCACACACUGACCCUGUGUCUGUCUCUUUAAACCUUCCUGUGUCUUCUGCCUCACACACUGACCCUAUGUCCUCCACUGAUCCUGUGUCCACUGACCAUGUAUCCUCCACUGGCUCUGUGUACACAUCUAUGUCUUCACCUGACUCUGUGCCCACCUUUUUACCAUUAACAUGCCCUCUGCCAAUCUCUGUCUCAUUAUUAACCCCUGUGUCAAGCUCUCACCCUUUGUUACCAUGUUCUGACUCUGUCUUACCAUCUGCCCCUAUUCCUCCCCCACUUUCACCAUCUCCCUCUGCCCCUCCAAGCCACAGUGAAGAUGCACAGGAUGAACCCAUAAAAUCUUUCAGUAAAAGUCAACGAUGGCCCCUCUCAGGGGAACCUGUUUGUGUAGUUUGUGGACGAUAUGGAGAAUACAUAUGUGACCAAACUGACCACGAUGUAUGCAGUCUAGAGUGCAAAGCCAAAGACUUUUUACAAGCUGCACAUUGUGGCAACAUCCACAAUCCUGCCACAACUAAUGGCACAGUAAAUCCACUUCCAACAAGUCCAAUAACAGCUGGCACUUCAAAUUCUCUAGUAAACACAACUACAAACAGCUAUACAGAACUUACAACUCAGUCAAUUUUGCCCAUUGAUACAGAACCUUCAGGUUUAUUAGAGAACCUCCAUAAUACAUCAUAUACCUACACUGAACAUGAUUUUAUUGCCCAGUUGUCCUUACAACAAAUUGAUCAGCUAAGGCAACAACUUGGUUUAUUUGUGCAAGGUAAUGAAGUGUGCAGACCUAUUAUAGAGUUUGAACAUUGUAACUUUCCUCUAAUGCUCAGCUUAAACCUUAAGAAGUCUGGGUAUGAAGUCCCAACACCUGUCCAAAUGCAGAUGAUCCCUGUUGGUCUAAUGGAACGAGACAUAUUGGCAAGUGCAGACACCGGCUCUGGAAAAACAGCUGCCUUCCUGCUUCCAGCUAUUAUCCAGUGUCUAAAACAGGUAUAACAUUUUAUAGCGUGUCUACUAUAGCUCUUUUUUAUUUGUUUGAUUGAAGAGUAAUGUUGCAGCUUUGCCAUAGCUUGUGCUACAUUUUGGAAACUACUACUGAGCCUUAAACGUAAUACAAUUUCAAGAAACGUGAAAGAGGGCCUUGUUUUAUGUUAUUAUGUACAGCUUCUUCACGAAAAUGCACAAGUUGUUUAUUCAGUAAUAACUGGCUUAUAUAUUAUUAAUAAUUAUACAACACAACAUAUUCCACCCUACUGUACAAUAUGUGGACAAACAAACUAGUUGUGACACAUACCAUAACAAAAGGUGGUAAGGGCCUUGCUAAUACUUACUAUUUGAGGGAUGCAGACAGUGUGUUUACCAUCUACAAUAAUUCUAUUAACUUUUACAUUAUACUGUUUGUCUAUCUGUUUAGAAAGAUUCUCCAGCAGCACUUAUUCUGACACCCACCAGAGAGCUUGCAGUACAGAUUGAGGAACAGGUCAAGGAGCUGGUAGCUGGGAUUCCAAACAUGAGGACAGCCUUGCUUGUCGGUGGUAUGCCUCUGCCUCCCCAACUACAUCGCUUAAAACAAGGUGUUCAGGUAAUUUUCAGGACCAAAGAUCUUCAAUUGCUUGCUGUGGUGAGGUGCAUGCCUUAAAUAUUACUUGAUACUCUACUCUGCUAAAUUAUUUAUUAGUAGUUGACACAUUUGUUAGUUGCUAUUAAUAAUUAUUGCUGUUUAUAAGGUGCCAACAGAUCCAUCAAAACUGUACAAUUGGGGAAAAAGACAUAAAGGGUAGACAUAUAUUUUAUUUUAUUUUUUUCAUUUCAGACUUGUACCUGCUAAAGGGUAGACAUAUUAGUACAAAAGGAACAGAGGACCAGGUCCAAGAGCUGAGAUUUAGCAUGUAAGGUACAUGGCAAAGUAGCCCAUGAGCGUAUAAACCAAAAUGGAGAUCUCAAAUUUUGCCCAACCCCAGAUGUUAAUAACCUACAACUAGAAUUCCUAGAAUUCUUUGAAUACAAUAGAUGGGCAAAUAAUCAUGGGAGUUGUAGUUCAGGAAUAUUGGAAAGUGGACAGAAUUUUAGAUGCCUGAUCUAAAGGUUAUGACAAGAGGGUGCUGGUGGAAUUUGUAGGCUAUGGCCAGGGACCUUUAAAGCAGCACUACUAUUGUCUUAGUAUUUUCCCUUGGUUGACUAAGGGCAGAGCUACCUUUUGUGAAGCCUUCUGAGGGGAAUAAGACUCUGUCUAUGCAGUAUCAUUUCCAUAGACCUCAAAGUUGUUCUCUCAUGCAUGUAUGAGAGUACAACGCUGAGUUUGGCUCUUGAUGACUGUGGUAGUGAAGGACUCACCUUCUCCUGCACCCCUCAGCCACCACACUGCCAGAGAAGGAGGCACUGUCGGGGUCUUUGCAAAGUUUGCAGACUGUGACAGAGCCACUUUAAAGAGCAAUUGCAGCAAAUGGUAAUAUGGUAAGCGAUUUAAGGAAAUAAACUGGAAAGUUGUCAAACACCUGCAUAAAAUAUGCUGAAAACAGGUUUGGUGCUGAGUAAACAUGGAGGUUAUUUGCUUGAAAGUGGAUGUUGUCUGAGGCACCUGAUUGAAAAGUGCUGGGAAGAAGAAAAGGUGCAGUGGCUGAGGAAACCAGUUACUGGGAAACAAACCUAUCUUUCCUUAUCUAUUGUCUUUCACCUGUGGAUGAAGGUAAAAAAGUGAGUUGUUGUAGUUAUCCCUCCCCACAAUAAUUUUGCAAUAAUUAUAAGAGAAAGAUGAAAUAUCUUACAUUUUGACAUGCAAAAAAAUAAAUAAAAUGUUAAAGUCUUAAUUUGAACAAAGUAUAGCCAAUGUGUCUUUCUUAUCUGUUAAACUCCAUUAAAAAAUACACUUUUAUCCUGUUUUACUGUUAGAUUAUAAUUGCAACGCCGGGCAGACUGCUGGAAAUUAUUAAACAGGAUUCCGUCAAUGUCGCUGAUCUAAAGAUUCUGAUUGUGGACGAGGCAAGUGGCAAUAUUAUUUUGAGUAACAAUAUGACAUCUAGAUAAUGUGCAGUUUUGCAUAUGUUCAUUUUCAGAUAUUCCUAAUUUUUAUAGUUUACAUUCUUUAAAUGUAGAAUGCCAAGAAUCUUUGAGUUUUGAGGGUGAUACAAACAGGGAUAUACAACAUCUAUGUAGUAAAGAGGAUUUUAAAAUAUAAAGUAAUGAUUUUCAUUAAAGGAUCACUAUAGGGUCAGGAACACAAACAUGUAUUCCUGACCCUAUAGUGUUAAAACCACCACCUAGCCCCCCCGGGUCACUCAUGCCUCCAAAAAUAUAACAAAAUCUUACUGUAUUCAAGCCUGAAGCUGUAACUCUGCAUGCUGUUUGCCUCAAAACAACAAGCAGCCUGCUGACAUCAUCAGAAUUGGAAGCCUGAUCCAAUCACAGUGCUUUCCCAUUACCCAUUAUGAUCUCUAACAGCUAUCUGAGGAGUGGCCAGUGAAGUUAUCACUGGGCUGUAAUGUAAACACUGCAUUUUCUCUGAAAAGACAGUGUUUACAGCAAAAAAAAGCCUGAAGGUAAUGAUUCUACUCACCAGAAAAAAUUCAAUAAGCUGUAGUUGUUCUGGUGAGUAUAGUGUCCCUUUUAAUUAAGACAUAAAACCAAACUGCAGUGUAUAUUUAACUAUUUUAUUAAAUGUUUUUAAAGUGUUUAGAUAAUGAUUAGAUAAUUUAAACAACUUUUCAAGCAAUGUGAAGUGCCACAUUAAGCAUGUUUUGAGUUGGGAAGAAUAGCUGAUGAUGAAAAAAGAUAUUUAAAAAAAAUUUUUUUUUUUUUUCUUUUUAAGGCAGAUUCAAUGUUGAAAAUGGGGUUUCAGCAACAGGUCUUGGAUAUUUUGGAACACACCCCAUAUGACCGUCAGACUCUCUUGGUUUCAGCAACUAUCCCAACAGGUAUUGAGACAUUUGCAAAACAACUUCUUAAGGAACCGGUACAGAUCACAGUAGGUGCGAAGAACCAACCAUGUUCGAAUGUGCGUCAAAUUGUACUCUGGGUGGAGGAGCCUUCAAAAAAGAAGAAACUCUUUGAAAUUUUAAACGUAAGUAUGUUGCUGUGUUUUUUUUUUUUUGCCUUAACGAAGUGAUCCAACAGGUGCCUUUUAAGUAAGGAGUGGAAAGGGUUUUUUGUUUCUUCCCAAGAGAUGCCAGCUGUGUAGGUCAUUAUAGCUUGGUACCACAGGUGCUCAUCAUAUAACCUACAGCGUUACACCUCCCAAAUGAAAACAAGUGGUGCAUAGAAAAGGGAAAUGUAGAGACAGAAGUUUAGAACAGGUUGAGGAGGGCGAGGUAGAAAGAAGGAAAAUAAGAGAGAGAGGAGUGAGUGGUCCAUCUUUUUUGCUUAGGAAUACCCAAACAUAACCAUGAAUAACAUCCUUAAAUCGCCUGGUAUUUUACCCUGUCAUAUUCUCUCUGUGGCUCAUUAAUCCUAAUCUGCAUUCAAGUGAGGUAAGUGAUAUGCUGUAUGUGUUCAAUGUUGUGAAAGCAGGUCAAGCAUAUUGAAAAUUUCCCUACUUUAUAUGUUUAAAAUUGAGUUAAAACUAUGGUGCUCGUUCUUGUUAAUUUGGGUUGUGUGUAUUUUUUGGGAAGGAACUAUUACUUUUAAAUUAUAUUACCAGCCUUUAUUAAGCACACAUAAGAUGCUGUUCUCUCUCCACUACAGGAUUCAAAGCUUUUCCAACCUCCAGUUCUUGUAUUUGUGGGUUGUCGGAUGGGAGCAGACCUGUUAAGUGACGCAGUGCAUAAGAUUACAGGACUAGAAAGUGUGGCAAUACACUCUGAAAAAUCACAGAUAGAGAGAACAAAGAUCCUGAAGGUAAAAUCAUCAAUUUGUUUGCAAAAGUGCUGCAGAUUUUUUUUGUUUUUCUUUUUUAAUAAUCAUCAUCAUAAAAAAACAAUGUAACAAUAAUUAUUUUUCUGCAUAGGGGUUGCUGCAUGGAGAAUAUGAUGUAGUUGUUAGCACAGGUGUCCUGGGGCGAGGCCUGGAUUUGAUAAACGUCAAGUUGGUGGUGAAUUUCGAUAUGCCUUCUAAUAUGGAUGAAUAUGUCCACCAGGUGAGGCGAGCAUGAUAAGCUGUAUGUGUGAAUAUGUGCAUAUAUAAUACAUAUUAUUCUGAAACAGAAAUAUUUGAUUUAAAUGGCUGCUCUAAGCAUUACCACAACAGCCCAUUGUAAGGGUUAUGAUGACAGGAAUGCCCUGUCCCUGGCUCCUGGUAAUGGGGCAAACCAGUUUGUCCUCUUACCUUGAUCACUGCCGUGGCCAGUGCAAACAUAUAGAUUCUGAAGAGCUGCAGAAGUUCGGAAGUCAAUCCUGCCAGCCAUUCAUUGACUGAGAGUGUUAUCUGACGGCUCUCAGCCAAUGAACGCAUUCGGUGCGUAGGAAUAUUCACACAAUUGACAUUAGCCAGCCCAGAAGAAGAGCUGAUUAGAGGUGGAAUAAAAAUCCUAAAGCAAAGGGGUUAAAUGCUACAGCGUUCCUUCGCAAAACGCUGCACAUACAGAUUCCAGACACUGAUUACUUUAAAUGUCUGAAGUGGUUAUAGUGCUUGAAAUAAUCCUUUAUUUUGUAUUUUUUGGAUUGUUUCUAAAUGUACAUUAAACUGCUAGAGGUAGUUUUUCCUAAAUGCCUUAAAAUACAUAAAUUUAUAUAAAAUUAUGUUAUUGAGUGUUAGAGGUUUGCUGUUCUCUAUUAUCCUUUUGUGUAUAUAGCAGUUUUUUUUCCAGCAACUAAGAUAUGCAACUACAUUUUAGAUAAACAUGAUAAAACUACAGAGUGCAGAUUUGAGCUUUUAGCGUUAUUUUAUUUUUUUCCCCAUGAAAUGUGUAGCCACUGUAAUGCGCUGCGGAAUUUAUUGGCGCUAUAUAAAUAAUAACAUAAUAAUAAUAGCCCAAAAUGAAACAUGUCUACAUAAUGUUUUUCCUUUUCUUUAUUUAAAAACAGAUUGGCAGAGCAGGAAGACUUGGCCACAGAGGAACGGCAUUAACUUUCAUCAACAAAAAUAAUCGCAAUCUCUUCUGGGACCUGGUGAAAAGGGUGCAACCAACAGGCUCCCUGCUCCCUCCACAGCUAUUACAUUCCCCUUAUCUUGAUGAACAGAAGAGGGUAGAGCAGAGAAAGCUUCAAAACAAAGAUAAAAUAGUGACAAGAGAUCAAAUCCUUAACCUGAUUCGUAAACAUGACAGAAGAAAAUCCCACAAGUGAUUUAUUUGGAAUUUACUGUCCUGCUAGGAACAGGCAACGUGUACUGUUUAUGAGGAACCUGGAUGUUUCUCAGUGUGUUUUGUGUACAAAGCAAUGGAUUUAUUAAAUAUGUAUACUUCAAGACUUCUGUUUUUCUAGUUUUACAUAAUCUGUGCAAAUGCAAAAUGGUUUGAACAUGGUUUUAUAUUUGUGAGAUUAAUUUCCAAUGUAUUGUACACACUCUUUCAGUUUGAGUGGUAUUUUAUUGGAGGAAAAGGAGUGUGCAUUUCCAUACACACAAACCCGUC